AGGAGAGGAGGUUGGUGCAGAGGAACAAGAGGACAGGGGACCAAGAGAAGACCUGGACUGUUGAAUCCCAUAAGGAAAGCGAGCAGAGUAUCAGCCAGGGGCAAACAGAGGAGACCACUGAAGGGGAGGAGGAGGCUUCAAGUUCCGUCACAGAGCGCUGGAGAAUCCAAAUGCCACUCCCCCAUCAGGAGCAGCAAGACCAGCCCGGCUGGGGACAAACGCACGCGCAGUCCUUACUUCAGUGGGAAGUCGCUGAGAGCCUGCUUGAGUCCCCCCAGGCGGAAGGCAUUCAAGAAAUGGACUCCUCCUCGUUCGCCAUUCAACCUGGUACAAGAAACACUCUUUCAUGACCCGUGGAAACUCCUGGUGGCAACCAUUUUCCUCAAUAAGACCAGUGGUAAAAUGGCAUUGCCAGUGCUGUGGCAGUUUUACCGCUUCCCAACUGCAGAGGUGACCAGGAGGAGUGACUGGAAACCUCUGGCCGAUCUUCUGCAACCACUGGGCCUCAACACACUUCGAGCCAAAGCCCUGAUCCGCUUCUCUGAUGAGUUCCUUUCCAAGCAGUGGCGGUAUCCCAUCGAGCUCCAUGGAAUCGGCAAAUACGGAAACGACUCUUACCGCAUCUUUUGCGUGGAAGAGUGGAAACAGGUGACGCCUGAUGACCACAAGCUGAACCACUAUCACGCAUGGCUGUGGGAAAAUCACCAGGCCUUGGGAAUUUGAAAGAAUGGGAAAGGACUCCCAGGUGUGUGCUCUGUUUACAUACACUUAUUUCUGUAUCUGUUCGUCCAGUUCCAUGUAUUUUAGAGACAAAAAGCUUUAAAUUAAAAUUGUAAUAAUAAAAUGAUAUAUGUUAGUGGUGUAGUUUGAAUGUUGUCUUGUUUCCUAAAUUUGUGGUAUUUAGAAUGUCUUUACUCUAAAAAUUCUUAUUUAAUUGUGGACUGUUACUGUAACUGU